UCUAUAACGUGAGUUUGCAUACUGUUUGAAUCGCUAUUGAAUGAGCUUACAAUAAUUUGUUUUCGUUCAAUAAUUGAGGUUUUCCGUUGAAGGAAGUGCGCCGGUAUCUUGUUCAAUUGUCAAAGUCUUGCUACACGUGCAAAGCCUUCGUGAUCGGGAAAAACCGGAAAGAGGGUAUUGCUGGAUUGCAGUCACGUUGUUUACUUGACCAACUAGCGCGGUGAAGUUGUUGUUAUUUCGAUUUUUAUAACCAGAGAUAUUUUGAACCGGAAUUGAUCCUGUUCACAAAAGAUGAGUUGACAGGAAAUGCCAACCACGGAGCCUUUUUCUCCAUGUGAGUUAGCCGAGUCGACGAAUCACGUUGCCAACCGCGGGAAGUCGUAAAUAGUAGGAAGGGUACGAGACACCUCUGCUUCAAUUUACGCGCGUUUUUCUGUGGAUUUUUUGUAUCUUAUAACAAUGAUGAAUGGAGAUUUGGGGCACUCAUCGGAACUUCACAUUUUGGAGCACAAGCUUCGCGUCUCCAACAUUAAGAAAGAUGCAAUUUCUUUAUACACUCACGCGCUAAUAAAAAUUUCGUUGCUACCUCGAUCAAGACCUAAGUUUUUCAGUUUUACGGAGACCAGAGAUGGUUACACCAUAAUCGUGGAGGAUGAUCUUUGCAAAGAGCUUCCACAAAGUGAGAGCAUUGACAUGCCUGACCUUAUCUGGCGAGUUCUGACUGUGUCUGCAGGAGCCUAUGGAAGCCAUCAGCUGACUGGAAUCAGUAGAAUUGUUAAAACAGUCAUUUCUCCCUUGGCGGAUUUUAAAAUCUCAGUUCUGGUCAUUUCAACUUAUCAGUCAGACUAUGUCUUGGUGAGAGAGAAAGAUCUUGAAACUGCCAUAAUGUGUCUUUCCGAAAAUUAUAAAAUUUUUAAAGACAGUGGAUCAGGACUUGAACCUGUGACUCUUUCUAUUAAGGAUAGAUUGGUUGGAAUGAACCAAAUGAAUGAAAGGAAAGCAGAUGAGCACAGACCAAUUAUUCACCCAUUCACAUGUCCAAUGAACAGAUUUCAUGUGACCAGUCUAGAUUUUCGAAUGCUACCAAGCCUCACUACCACCAUUCUUGAACUGAUGUUCUAUUCUGAAACACCUGAUGAUGGACGAUAUGAACCUUUCUUUCACAUCUCAAUUGUUGAAGGAGACAUUUCAUUAGUUUUAGACAGUGAGGCUUUGUCAAGAUUUCCUGAAGGUUCACUAUACACAAACACCAAUGAUGAGGGAUGGAGAAUGAUUCGUGUUGGAGAUGACCCCCUAGGAUUUGAGGAGAGUGGCAUAGUUGCUCAGUUAUCUGAACCAUUAACUGAAGCUUCAUGUAGCACUUUUUACAUCUGUACUUUCCUUUAUGAUCAUCUUUUGGUUCCUGAGAGUGAAGCUGUCAAGGCAAUAGAACUUCUUAGUUCUCUACAAGUAUUAAAGGAUUGAUGAGAAAUGUUAUUUUAUUGUUAAUUUAUUGUUCAUUUAGUUGAAUUGGAUAGAUUUUUAAUUGUGUGUCUUAAAUUCAUUCAUUAUUGUAAUUACAACUUAUCCUCGACAAGUUUAUUUAAUCAUCAUCAAUAUGGGUCAGGCAUAAUGAACUUCCAUUGUUUACGUUGCUGCCAGUUCAUCAACACUUGCAUAUUAUACCUUUUGUAUCACACAAAAGGUUUUUUAAUUUUAACCCUCUAACCCUUAGGGGCUGGUUUUUUACAGGGGGUAUAAUCCAAACUUCGUCUUUACGCAGGCAGUGGGCUUCAGGCUUUGUCUUUAAGAAGGUUGAUUUAAUUAAAUUAAUGUCCUUCUAUUGUUAGCUUUUGGCCAUCUAGACACUCUUUAAAAAAAUUAAAUGUUCAGAUAAAAGGUUUGGCUAAAUUGAAGAUGGCAUCUUCAGAUUGUCUAAAUAACCGACACUAGGAGUGGUCAGUGCCUAAUUUCUCCUUACAGUAAUAUUUACCCCUGAAUCAUUUAUCAGGAUCAUGAGAAUUUCUACGAAGGAAAUGAUUGCCAGCCUAAGAAUUUUAUUUGUUAACCCUUUAAUUCCCAGAUCAAAUUUGUAAUUCUCCUUACUAUCAACCAUACAAUUCUUAUAACAUUAGCUUAGAGAAUUUAGUAUUAGAUCAACUAAUUAUCCCCAAAAUUGAUAUUUUUCUGUAUUCUCAUAACCUAUCUGGUUGAUAUUGUACUGAUACUGUAAGGAGAAAUUCUGUCUUGUCAUCCAUGGGAGUUAAAGGGUGAAAGGAAUUCUCCUGGUCAGUACCAAAGGAAAUGUACAGAGAAGAGUGUGAAAAAAUAGGAAUUGAUGUUAGGGUGUAAAGGGUUACUGCUUUGCAUGAUACAGCAGUUCAAAUUAUUUUACAGUUUGUGUACAUUGUGUAUGAUAUGUUGAACUUCUUGUGUAGACCUUUGGUCAGAUGUUUUUAUCUGAGUUAAAAAACAUUGUGAGAGUGUUAGUAGGUUAUAGAGUUAUAAAGCUGUCAUUUUCUCAAAUCGGAUGUCAGAGUUCCGUGGUAUAGCUACAGGUAGAUAUGCCUUUAGAGGUGAUUUGUUGCCUCUUUAGAUGAGUGUUACAUCUGUUUGAAUCACUUAUCAUUCAUCAUUAAAUUUUCUAAAUUGGAGUGGAUAUUAGUAAUUAUUAUUUAUAUUAUAUUACAUAUUUGUAUUUUCAAAUUGUAUAUAAUUUAUUCUAAUCAAAACUUAGGCAAA